UCAGUCAAGCUUUGCUUUUCACUGCGUGGAGAGGCAGCGAACGGUCAAGACGGCAGGAAAGUUGUUGCUCGGACACAUCUCUUUGCCUAAAUGAGAAUGUCUGCUCAGAAGGUACUCCUCAUAUGCGCACUUCACAUUCUGCUAUGCGCAGCCAACGAUUCCGGAUCUCUGACAGUGAUGCCAUUCUCGUUCUCCAAGAACAUUGCCCUCGGUCAGAGGCAGAUGGUGACCUGCGUCGUGUCCAGCGACGCCGGUCCGUUCCGCUUCGCCUGGACGCACGGAGACGAGCCGGUAAAGAGCGACUCUCGGAGGCAAGUGAAGAUGCUCGCGGAGAACGUGGCCUCACUGUCCAUCGAAGCAGUCAGGGCCGAGGAUCUCGGGAACUACACUUGCACCGCUUCCAACGCAGGGAGACAAGGGAGCUACACGGCACCACUCGUGGCGAACGCUGCUCCUGUCUGGCUGUCGGAACCAAAAGACACGGACGCUGUCCAGGGACGAGACCUUGUGCUGGCCUGCAACGCGGCCGGAUUCCCAAAGCCACGCUUCACGUGGAAGAUGCAGAUCGGAUCUCGGGACUUCGUGCCCCUCCACCCCGUAGGGCGGAGGAAGAUCUACGACAACGGGACGCUGGUGAUCGAGAACGUCGAGUCGGACGACGAGGGGCUCUACCAGUGCGACGUCAGCAACGGCGUCGCACCGCCACUCUCCAAGACUAUCAAGGUAUCCGUGCACGUUCCCCCACGCAUCAGCAAGUCCUCGUCAGAUGUGUCCGUCAAGCGCGGGGACAUCGCAAAGAUCGCCUGCGAGGCCAGCGGACAGCACCCGCUGGUCGUCACCUGGGAGAAGGACAACACCAUGCUUCUGCCUUCCGUCGACAGGUACGAGACCCACGAGGAGAUGAGCGCCACGGGAGUGACCUCGGUGCUGGUGAUCCACAACAGCGCGCGCAAGGACGCCACAGCCUACGUGUGCGUCGCCAAGAACGACUACGGACAGACCAAGCACACGUUCCGGCUCACCGUGCUCGAGCCCCCGGAGAGCCCGACCGACGUGGUGGUGACGGAGCGACGCAGCCGCUACGUGUCCGUCAAGUGGUCGCCGCCCAGGAGGCCCGUCAACCGAUACGUCUUCCGUUACUGGAGGAAGUCGUCCCGCGGCAGCGUGCUCCAGGAGCAGGAAGUGGACGGCAUGCGGACGUCGCUUAUGGUCACCAACCUGCACCCGGGUACCGAAUACUUGGCCCUGGUCCUGGCCGAGAACUCGGUUGGCUUCGGCGACCCCUCAGACACCAUCACCUUCCAGACGGCCGCCGAAGAGCCCAGCGCACCGCCGAUGAAUGUCCAGUGCGAGGCUCUCGACACCCGGAACAUCAAGGUCUCCUGGGAGCCCCCGCCGGCGGACCAGUUGAACGGCGAGCUUAAGGGCUACUACAUCGGCCACAAGAUGGACGGCACACCAUUUGUGCAUGACACAGUAAACAGGGACACCGAGCAGCGCACCUUCAGGGGCCUCCAGGCGGCAUCCACAUACCGCUUCAUGCUCAAGGCCUUCAAUGAGGUCGGCUCGGGACCAGCCUCUGAAGAGGUUGCUUGCACGACAUUAAACGGAGACCCACCAGCGGUUCCAAGCCUGCGAGUGACAGGCAUCACAUCGAAUUCUGUCAGCUUGCACUGGAACAGCCCUACUUCUGCAGCAUCGCCAGUCAUACAGUACGAGAUCCAGUAUGGCACAGAUGAUGGUGACAAACGGCAGCUGCAUAUCCCAGCCACCAAGGAAUCGGUGACACUGACCGAGCUGCGCAGCGGCACCCGCUACAACUUCCGCAUGGCUGCCUUCAACCUGUACGGCCGCGGUGACUUUUCGCACGACCUGCCCGCAGUCACACACCUGUCAGACGGUGGCUCCUUCCCCUCACUGGUGGAUGAGGAGAUGCCCUUCUACUAUCGCACCUACUUUGUAGUGCCUGUGGUGGCCUCCUUCACAGUCAUCAUCACCGCCAUUGUGAUUGCCUGGGCAUGCCUCAAGAGGGCAACUAUUCUACAGAGUACACCCCUUGUCAGCCAGUAUGCCCGCAAUUCCUACAUGAGGACAAUGGACCCGAGGAACAGCCAGGGCCUGGAGGAAGCCUACGACGUGCCAUGGAACGGACCAGCCACUAGAAACACCAUGGUACGAGAAAAGAAGGAACCUACACCCGCCUGAAGAACAACCGGCAGCAGAACCUUGUGUGAGGCAUUUACUAUUCCUGCUAGUCAUGUGUAUGUGUACCACUACACUUUCUGUUGUUCAGCUCAAGUAGUACUAGCAAGGGCAUUUUUUUGUUUUACCUAGUGCUGUAUCACAGCUAGGCACAGCUUAGUGUAUGGGCAUUCCAAGACUGCUGGGCGUUACUUAUGCGUUAUGCCUUACUUCGAUUUGGCUGUAUCUGAAUCUCCAAUUGCUGUUACGAGGAAAAUAAUCUUUCUUGGAUUUUCUCCAGUGAAGCUAAAUUUAUACAGUGGGAUGCAUUGCCGAUUCAUUCUGCAGAUGACCGUGACAGAGCAUUGCUGCAAGAAUCAUGUUGCUAGCAGCUCUCCUGUGGAGCUUUUCAGCACGAUUUGGUAAUGUUGCACGACAAUGCUACAUAUCUGUUGGCUGAACCAGCGGUACAUCCUGUUGUGAAAGCCUAAAUUGCUUUGUGAGGCAAGCAUUCGCAAAUGCCCAUUUCUUUGCUGGUGCAAGUCCCGAUAUUAAAGUGCUGCGAGAGUAGCCCAGCAGUCUACCUAAAAGGCCUGUCAGCUAUGUUACAAAUACUCAACGUUUUAUCACUUGCACCGCUACAGCAAACAACCUACAUAGCGUGUCAGUCAGUAAUUGUAUAUGACGUGUUUGGGAAUAGCUCUCAGGAAUGUCACUCUUAAUUUAAUGGUCAUUUACACGUCUGCAAGUCAAGGUUUGAUGACGAGAUCCCGAACAAGUGCUCCCCCCUUCUUCAAUUUAAGAUAACGAGACAAGAUUUGGAAGGAGUAGGUGGGCCUGCCUCGUCAUGGACCAAAAUUCAAGAUGGUUAUGAAAGAGCCACAAAGAAAUUGUUUUUAUGAGGUGCUCCAUUACACAUGCACUAGGUGUUUUUACUGAACUGGGGGGAAUCCUGGCAUGAAUUUUCACCUUAUGACAACAAGGGAAAGACGUUCUUCAGAUGUGUGACAAUUUGCAACAAGUAGGAAUGCACCCCCAAGUUCCUGCAAACUACCGCUGCAGGAUUAUUUAGUGGAGAACAGGUUGAAAAGAAAUAGAGGAGCGCACUUGCUUGCUCCCUGUUAGUCCAUAUUUUGAAUCUCCCCAAAAGGGUAAGGGGUGCUUGUUCGGGAUCUUAGGUUGUGUCUGAACCCUCAGCAGUAAGUUACCAUAGUGUGCAUGCUGGCAUUCAACACACAUUACUACACUUAUGUGCUCUGUAGCUGAAAAGAUGUCUUUGAAUAUCAGUCUCUCACAAUCUCCAUAAGAAAGUGUCAGUUCUAAGACAGGACUACUAGGCUUUCUCUACCAGUAAACAUUCUAUACUCACCCUGAUUUAGCAUUUGGCACCAAUGCCGUUAUACAUUUUAAAUGUUUAUACUACUGUACACCCACGUGUUUGCAGCUCUAAUUGUGGUAACUUGCAUCAGAAAGUCCUGUAGAGAUUCAAGGCAGCAGUGAUACCAUGUAAAUAAGACAGCCUUUGGCAGCUUACUCCUGAGAUAUUUCAGGAGGCAUUUUCGUACAACAGUGAGGAACUGAGCGUUUCUGUAUCAUGCACCUUCGUAUUAUCAUACACUGUGGUGUGACUGUGAUGCAUAUAAGAACAGUUUUAUUUGUAAAGAAAAAUGUUUUUGUGCUGUGUGCUCGUAAGUCAUGUUUAUGUGUGUAUUGUUAGCCAUUGUCACUUUAUGUGCUCUCAAUAAACAAGGUGGAAAUCUU